AUGCAAGCAUCUGACAAGGGUUCUCCUUCCAAAAAAUUCUCCGCAAAGAACUGGAGGAGACAAAUGCCGCUGCCACGUCCAAGCAAGCCCAGAGGUAUCGACGAUCCACCUCAGCGGGGCAGGAGUAGGAUGCAAACUGGGCAAGCCACCAGCUAUGCUGAGGCAAACAGUAUGAUGGAAAUAGCAGUCCUCUCAAGAAACUACCCGGAGGAGACGCUGAGUGCUGAUCAACUUAUAGCACUAGAAGACGCAAUCGUGCAGAAGAUGAUGAAGAUGAUACUAGGCGCGGAAUGCAGACUUCGAUUCGGGGAUAUUCACUUCCGCUUCAGUAUGCUACUGGUAGACUAUGUCAACCAAGAAACGGCGGAUUGGCUGAGGGCGAAAGUUCCUAGUCUGGGCACCUGGGGAAGCUUGGAGCUGAUGAUGUGCCUGGGAGACGACAUUCCAAGGGCGCACACCAUCACAGUGUUCUUUUCGAAGAGAGAACUGAGGAGUUGGUGGUCGCCAAACAGCUUAGUGAACUACGAUGAAAAGUUGCAGUGCCUCAGCAAUCAGUACAGCGAUUUUCUUGUUCCAGAAAUGAGGGGUAGGAAGUUGCACCCUGGAAAAACACAGGACGAAGAUAUGGCAGAUUUGGCAGGAAUGAAAAUAUCUUAUGACACAUACAUUAACUGGAAUGAACAGAAUGGGCCGGAAACUCUCCUUCCAGGUUUGAACUACUCCGCCAAUCAGUUGUUCUGGAUAUCCGCCGCCACGCGUCACUGCGCCAAAUAUUCUGAAGACAGCCUGAAAGAAUACAUUGAUCGAAAUCAGUGGUCCCUGGAGAAGUUCAGAGUCAACGGUCCUUUGCAGAAUUUGAAAGAGUUCGCGUUCGAUUUUGGAUGCGCGAAAGGAUCCAAAAUGAAUCCAGAAAAUAAAUGUGACAUCUGGUAG